CACUCACUCACUCACUCUCUCUCUCUCUUUCUAUAGUCAACCUUAUUGUGAUUAUCAGAUUCAAACCUAGCUCUCGUUCCGCGUAUAUUACUCUGCAAUUUUUGAAAGUUUCAUGUGGAAACUUAUGUUCAGAUUAAAAGAAGGAAACUCGCAUUAUGCUUAAUUGUACUGGGAUUGAGAAAAAAAUAAUUUAUAUUCUGGAUAUUAAAAACUUAAAGAUGGGUAUUACAUUCUAAAUAAGAGGACUUGUGCUAUGUAACUAGUAGGAAGUUGAAGGCACCCGUAGUUUCCUCAUCCAGGGAGCAGUUUCAAAAAAAAUUACUAAAUCAUUUUUUCAUCACUCGUCGUUUUACAACUUCUUGUGUAAAAUUGAAAAUAAUUCUAUGACAAACGAACAAUUAUUCGCAUUAUUUAAAAUAUAAAAUAAUCAAUCAUGAGUGAUAGUAUGAAGGCUGUAAUUUUAAGAAAGAUUGUAAAAUCUUUGCGAAAUACUAAUGAUACAAAUAUAUCCAUUGUUGCAUCUAACUUGCAUUUAAAAACGCAUAAAACAAAUGGAAUCUAUUCUUUCCUACUUCCGUUGAAAACUAGACAGUAUAAUAUACAGAAUCAAGUACAAAAUAUUGUAAACGAUGAUUCAACCAACAUUUUCAACAAUAUUAAUAUAGAGAAUGAUACAAUCUCUUUUAAUAUUUCCAGAGACAGAUUUAUCAAAGAAGUUUUGGAACAGAAUUGUUCAACAGUGUCCUGUCCAACUUUCAUGAAUAAUAAGAAAAAUGUAAUAGUAGAGUUUAGCUCACCCAACAUUGCGAAACCUUUUCAUAUGGGACAUUUAAGAUCCACAAUAAUAGGAAAUUACAUUGCUAAUAUCAACAGUUUUGUAAAAAAUAAGGUAAAGAAAAUAAACUAUUUGGGUGAUUGGGGUACACAAUAUGGUUUAGUUCAACUGGGAAUUGAUAUGACAGAUAUCAAUGAGGAUGAAAUGAAAAGAAGUCCUAUAAGAACUUUGUACACGGCAUAUGUUGCUGCUAAUAAAUUAGCUGAAACUGAUUCCUCGAUAUUGACUCGUGCGAGAGAAAUAUUUAAUGAUUUGGAAAAUGGCACAGGAAUCACACAUGAACGAUGGAAAAUGUUUAAACAGUAUACUGUUGAAGAAUUAAAAAAAGUUUAUAAUAGAAUUGGUAUUACGUUUGAUGAAUAUCAUUGGGAAUCUAUGUACAAUGCCAAAAACAUGGAAAAAAUAAUUAUGUUGAUGGAGAAAAUGCAAUUAUUAAUAAAGGAUGAACAGGGUAGAAAAGUUGUGAAUCUGGAUAAUGAGAAAAGUGUUCCUAUAAUUAAGAGUGAUGGCUCUACUUUGUAUAUAACUAGAGACAUCGCUGCAGCUAUCGAUAGAUUUGAAAAGAAUAAUUUCGACUGUAUGUACUAUGUAGUAGAUAAUACACAAGUCAAUCACUUUUCAAAUUUGUUAGAAAUAUUGAAACGAAUGGAAAUGCCAUGGGUUGAAAGAUUGAAAUAUAUAAAAUUUGGCCGCUUGAAUGGUAUGCGUACAAGAAAGGGAAAUGUAGUAUUUUUAGAAGAUAUCUUGGACACUGUCAGAGAUAUUAUGAAGCAGAAACAAAUUGAUUCACAUACCACUAAAGUUAAUUUAGAUUCGACAGAUAAGAGCUCAGAUAUAUUAGGCAUAUCAGCGAUGAUAGUUCAUGAUUUGAAGAGAAAACGGCAACGAGAUUAUACAUUCGAUUGGAAUGCAGCAUUUGAUUUAAAAGGGGACACUGGCAUAAAAUUGCAAUAUACACACUGUCGACUCGUUAAUUUGGAGCGCAAUUGCAAUGCAAUCCUAAUUUCGGAAUGUGAUCCCAGUCUAUUACAAGAAGAAAUCAUUGAUGAUUUAGUCAUAUUAAUUGCGAGAUUCGAUGAAAUAAUAUUGAAGUCAUAUGAAGAGAUAGAAGCUUGUGUAUUAAUUGUGUAUCUUUUUAAUCUAAGUAAUGCAAUUAAUAAAGCUUUCAAUUUAUUGAAAGUGAAAAAUGAAUCGCCUGAUGUUGCUAGUCAAAGAUUGUUGCUGUUCCAUGUUGCUAAAAAUGUUCUUGCCCAAGGCAUGAAAUUACUUGGUCUAAUACCUCUGAAAGAGAUGUAAAGACAAAUGGACUGUGAUAUUGGAAAAGAUUCGACUCCAGCUAACUUAUCAAUAGUAAAACUUUUAUCAUAAACUGUGCAUCUAUUUUGUAUUCAAUAUCAGCUUUAUCUUGAGACAUUUUGUAAUGACAUUGUAUAAUGAGAUACUUAGUUAUAGUGUUUCAUACAAUGUUAUGUGUAAUGUAAAAAUUACACGAGAAUAAACAAAAUUAACGUUUA